UGACAGCUGAUCCAAAGGAUUGGAACAGAAGAAGGAGGUCGUUAGGACCCAGAAGCCUUCUGUGCUUCCUCUACUGCCUGCUGCCUCUCACCCCUCACUGCAGUGGUUCUGAGCUUCGGCAGGCAUAGAGGAGCAUCAGCUGAGUGGGGCUGGUACCAGGGAACCGGAAAGCUUGGGAAAGGCCCCGAGUCAGACCCUAAAGCUACUACACUUGCUGAGGUGGUUGGUGCAUACUCUCCUGAGCCUUCAGGUCUGGUACUCACAGCUGACCUGGACCAAGAAACUUGCUGUCACUACAGUGCCAUUUAGCAAGAAGACUGGUGAUGAAAGGAUUGUGGGAAAGCCCGCUGGAGAAGUGACCACAGAUUUUAAAAGGCUCAUCUCUGGGCAUGCCACCCCAGUUAUCUAUUCUUCCUGAUUCCCCAAACGUCACUGGACUAGGAUGGCUGAUGGACUUAUAAUAGGAGGUGCCCAAGUCCUCCCCUUCUGGCCCCAUGGAGUCCUCCCCUAUCCCCCAGCCAUCAGGGAACUCCUCCACUUUGGGUUUGCCCCCUCUACCUCAGGGCCCCCCGAGGGUCAAUGGUAGCCCAGAAGUAAGGUACCGGGAUGUGGCCUCAGAGUCUGUGGCCCUCUUCUUCAUGCUCCUGCUAGACCUGACAGCUGUGGCAGGUAAUGCAGCUGUGAUGACAGUCAUUGCCAAGACACCUGCCCUCCGCAAAUUUGUCUUUGUCUUCCACCUGUGCCUGGUGGACCUGCUGGCUGCCCUGACCCUCAUGCCAUUGGCCAUGCUCUCCAGCUCUGCUCUUUUUGACGAUGCCCUCUUUGGGGAGACAGCCUGCCGCCUCUACUUGUUCCUGAGUGUCUGUUUCGUCAGCUUGGCCAUCCUUUCGGUCUCUGCCAUCAAUGUGGAGCGCUACUACUAUGUAGUGCACCCCAUGCGCUACGAGGUGCGCAUGACCCUAGGUCUGGUGGCUUCAGUGUUGGUGUGUGUGUGGGUGAAAGCAGUAGCCAUGGCCUCUGUGCCAGUGCUGGGGAGGGCCUCACCUGGGCCCCCCGAUUUCCCUCCUGGCUGCUCCCUCCAGUGGAGCCUCAGUGCCUACUGCCAACUCUUUGUGGUGGUCUUUGCUGUGCUUUAUUUCCUGCUACCCCUGCUCCUCAUUCUUGUGGUCUACUGCAGUAUGUUCCGUGUGGCCCGGGUGGCUGCCAUGCAGCAUGGGCCCUUGCCAACAUGGAUGGAGACUCCGCGCCGGCGAUCUGAGUCACUCAGCAGCCGUUCUACCAUGGUCACCAGCUCAGGGCCCCCUCGGACCACUCCCCAUAGGACCUUUGGUGGGGGGAAGGCAGCUGUGGUCCUGCUGGCUGUGGGGGGCCAGUUCCUACUUUGCUGGCUACCCUAUUUCUCCUUCCAUCUUUAUGUUGCUCUGAGUGCCCAGCCCCUUCCUACACAGCAGGUAGAGAGUGUGGUGACCUGGAUUGGCUACUUCUGUUUCACUUCCAAUCCUUUCUUCUAUGGCUGCCUCAAUCGACAGAUCAGGGGGGAGCUCAGCAAGCAGUUUGUUUGCUUCUUCAAGCCGUCCCCAGAGGAAGAGUUGAGGCUGCCCAGCCGGGAGGGUUCCAUAGAGGAGAACUUCCUGCAGUUCCUUCAGGGGACUGGUUGUGCCACUGAGCCCUGGGCUCCUCAAACCCCAAUCAGCCCAAAGCAGGAACCACCAGCUGUGGACUUCCGAAUCCCAGGCCAGAUUGCCGAAGAGACUUCUGAGUUCUUGGAGCAGCAGCUUCCUAGUGACAUCACUGUGUCAGAUGGCUACCUCCAUCCGACUCUCUCACCCCAGCCUGAACCAUGAUGCAAUCCAGAGCACCUGGAGGGAGAUGGGGCUGGGGGUAGGGGAUGAGAGCAAGGACUGCUUUGAUGGAUAUUUUCCUUUUAGCCAGCUGGGGUCAAUAAUGGGGUCCUACACAUGGCCUGUGCCUAGAGCUUUGUGGGACACAGAAGAAGUUGAGCUAAGAGAGAGGAGUCCUUAGCUUCAGUGAGAAUAAGCUAGGGAUAGCCAAAGGAAGGGGUAUAAUAACUGUGGUUGUAGUGUGUGAAAAGGAGAAAGAUAUAAAGGAAAAAACUCUUUAUUAGUGAAUUUCCCCUUUUGUCUUAGGACUGGGGAAACUCUAGCACUGAAUUGAAGAGUAUGUAAUAUGGUAUACAUACCAGAUGACUUCCAAAGUUACUCUGGAACUAGCUGAGGCAUUUCAUUUUCUAGAACAGGGACUGCAUCAAGGGAGGGAAAUUGCUCCUGGCCUCUUUUCAUUUCCAUAAUAAGUCAAAAACAUCUGUAGCUAUGUGUUCCUAUUUCAAUUUUAAUUUUUUUAAGUUUAAUAUCUAAGAUUUCCCUCUUCAAAGGACGAACUGGAGCUAUCCCCUCUAAGACUGAAUCUACCCAGAGCCAAGGGUAAAAUUGGGAGUAGGGAAGGAACAUGGGGUAGAACACAGGGAAGAAUGGAUCCUAGACCCCAUUUUCAGAUUGUAAGGAGGGUACUGGAGGGGGCAGGAAAAAUCUCAACCUCUUAAAUAAGAAAAAAAUUACUCCCAGACAGGGUAGAUCCUUUCUCACUGAUCUUGUCAGCUUCCUCCUCAUUUCUUUAGCUCCCUUCUCUUCUAUCCCACUGAAACAACCCUUCUGUUUUUUUCCUGUCUUCCUUUUACCAUGAGGGCGAAGUGUUUGGGUGUUUAUCUAACCAAAAGAACACAGCAUGGCCUUAACCAAUAGCUUUUAGGUUGGGAGACUGGGAAUCUGGUGAGUUAGAAAGUAGGGGUACUGGGAAUCUGGGAACUAAAUACUGGAGAGAAUGGGGACAAAUAGAUGAGGGAAUAAUUGUAGGGAUAGUAGCCAGGUGGUCACCCUGACCAGUAACUUUGAUGAUCUUUCCCUUCCAGGACUGGCCUCUCUGAUCUCCCUCCUCAUGGCAGUGACCCACCUCCAGCCCCCUGGACAAUCUGGUACAAGAGACAAAGGUGGGGCAUGGGGAGAAUGGGGUUCCCAGACAUAUUGGCAUUGCCAGUUAAUUCUCUAACCCUGACCAUCAAUCUCAGAACCAUCUUCAGUGACAAAGACUUAAGAGACUCUCCUACCAAGAGCCCUGGGCAGGGGAGAGAAAACAGGACACUAGUAUCAGGGCUUGAGUAGUAGUGUAUCUGAUGGUCUAUAUUGGUGGCCAGAGCAUGAACCUGUCAAAUCUUAGAGGGAGAGAUAACAUGUAAAAACAGGAAAAAUUAGCAGUGGCCUUCUGUCCACUCAAUUUUCUAGUGGAUAGAGUGGCCUAUCAGGCCUAGAGAGUGACCUGGCCAGCAUCUGACCAAAUUUCUAUCUCAUUCAGAAAAAUGGGAAAAUGAGCUCAUUCUCCCCUUUGAAAAGCCAAUAAAUGUUUUCUUUAAAAAAAAAAA